UCAAUCAAGGUAAAAGGUCAAUUGAUGUCAAAGACUGACCAUGGCACCUGUCAAGACAAAGUUUUCGGAAGGUGAAAGAGUGCUCUGCUUCCAUGGACCUCUCCUAUAUGAAGCCAAGUGCGUCAAAUCGGAGGUCAAGGAUAAAAUGAUCAGAUAUUUCAUCCACUACAAUGGUUGGAAUAAAAAUUGGGAUGAAUGGGUUCCUGAGAGCAGAGCGCUCAAGUUUAAUGAGGCCAAUCUGCAGAAGCAGAAGGAGCUAUUUGCAGCUCAGAAAGCAAAGCAAAAGAGAGCUCGUAGUCAGAAGAAACCUGAUAAAGAAGUGUCAUCAAAGGCUCAAUCAUCAACACCAUCAUCAUCAGAAAAAACUACAUCAAAGAGAGGAGCAAAGGCGUCAUCUGAACCAGCAUCAACCCCUUCUUCUGCAGCAGCGUCACCCCAACCACCCCCAGAAGAGCCUACUCCAGUGGCUGCUACCCCUGCCCCUGCUCCUCCAGCAGAUUCUCUGAGGAAGAAGAGAUCACGCCCAGAUAAUACAGUUGAAACGGAGGAAUCAUUUGUUAGCAAGGUAGACAUCAAAGUCAAAGUUCCUGAGGAGCUGAAACCCAUCUUAGUCGAUGACUGGGAUGCCAUAACAAGACAAAAAAUGUUGCUGCAUCUUCCUGCCAGGACUACAGUGGAGCAGAUUUUAGAGGAAUACAUGAAACAAAAGAGAAAUAAGAAAGACAUGACUCCAGCCAAAGAGAGCACUAUUGCUGAAAUUUGCCAAGGGCUGAAAGAAUACUUCAAUGUUAUGUUAGGGACACAAUUACUCUACAAAUUUGAAAGACCUCAGUUUGCAGAUAUCUUAGCAGCUCACCCUGAUGAACCAAUGUCCAGGAUAUAUGGUGCUGUUCAUUUACUCAGACUCUUUGUGAAACUUGGUGGAAUGCUUGCCUUUACACCUGUUGAUGAGAAGAGUAUGCAACUCCUCCUGACUCACGUCCAUGAUUUCCUGGCUUAUCUCAAGAAGAACUCCACAUCUCUCUUCAAACCCAGCGACUACGAGGCUGCCCCUCCGGAAUAUCAUCGGAAAGCUCUGUAGCAACGUCAGCUGUAUUUCUGUGCUAUUUUUAUUCUCAUUGCCAAUGUAAUGCUUGGAUUAUGAUGAUGAUGAUGUGGGUGUUUCACGUAGUAGUUAAGAAAGCUGAAGUUAGCAAUUGAUGUAAAGAUUCCAUUGAACAGUGUAAAUACACCUGAACUUGGAUGCAAGGCUGGAGGAAGCUUGAUAGCAUUAUUGUUGGAGUGGUGGUCCGGCAAAACCAAGUGUGUGCACUAAUAUCCUUGCUGCUGAAGGGCAAUUCCGUAAAAUAUGUACAUCCUGGCACCUUCAUGAAAUUUUCUGUCUCUGAUUUCUUGUUCUUUUGACAGUCUGUAAUGCUGUCAAAUGACCAUGGCUUGGUCAGAGUAUGAAGUGAAGUAACACUUGAGUGAACGGGGGGUUGGACUACAUAAGGGUUGAUCAUUUUAUGGCAUUGCCCUGAAGCAUAUUACCAGGUAGGUGUUUCAUAAAGCUGCUUGUAACUUACGACUGACUUUUCAAACAAAUGGUGAGCCUUUCUUAGGAACUGAUCUACACUAAUGGUAAUCUGGGCCCUGUCUUACAAAGAGUUGUGAUUGAUCCGAUCAAUCGCAACUAUGGAAAGCCAACAAAGUCAACAUGUAAAUUGCAUGUUUGUUCAAA